UCGUCCUUAACACUCUGCCUGCAUUAGUAGUUCAGCUCAUCACAACCUGUAAGUGUCAACCCCCGUAACUCUGAAUCACUCGCGUUCAGUACCAUGGCCUUCUGCGGCGCCAUGUCCGCCAGGCCGCGGGGCAUCCGGGAGGAGACGCUGCUCCGCGUCCCCGGCGCGUCAGUGCACCUCGUGGCCGGAUCCGACGGCCCCGUCGAGCUCGGGCGGGGCGAUCUCGCCGUCGUGAGGAUCACCAAGGACGAUGUGGCUGUAGCCACCGUAGUGCGCGUGGGCCGCGACCUCGGCUGGCCGCUGGCGCGGGACGAGCCCGUGGUCAAGCUCGACCGGCUGCACUACCUCUUCACGCUGCCGGACAAGGACGGCACGUUCCUCAACUACGGCGUCUCCUUCGCCGCCACGGCGGCCGACGCCGCCGCGCUGGCGUCACUCGAUAGCUUCCUCAGGUCCAACGCUUGCUUCUCCACUCCUUCGGCGGCGGGCGGCGCGAUCGUGCCGUCCAGGAGUUCCAGGCCGCCGCCGCCGCCGGCGUCGUCGGACGGGUACUGGAACGACUUCGCGCCGAGGAUGGAAGGAUACAACGGCGUGCUCGCGAAGGCGAUCGCCUCGGGCACCGGCCAGCUCGUGAAGGGCAUCUUCAUGUGCAGCGAGGCCUACGCCAGCCAGGUACAGAGGGGAGCCGACCUGUUUCGCCCUCAGGCUGCCGGCGGCGGGAGCAACCGUUUCGGCGCCGCCGGCGGAGCUGACCGGAGAAGCCAGGCAAGCACGAAGCGCGGAGGAGUCAACAAGAGCCUCAAGAGGGUAAGGAAGCUGUCGGAGAUGACCGAGAAGAUGAGCCAGUCGUUGCUGGAUACGGUCAUCUCGGUGACCGGGUCGAUGGCGGCGCCGCUGCUUCGUUCCAAGCAAGGGAGAGCCUUCCUCGCAACCGUCCCGGGCGAGGUCAUCCUGGCCUCUCUUGAUGCUAUCAAUAAAGUUAUGGACGCGGUAGAGGCUGCUGAGAAGAGAUCACUUGCAGCAACUUCCAGUGUCGUCGCUGGUGCAGUGUCCAGGAGGUACGGCGAGAACGCAGGGGAGGCAACCGAAGACGCGUUCGCGACAGCCGGCCAUGCCGUGGGGACGGCGUGGAACCUCUUCAAGGUACGGAAGGCCGUCACGCCGUCGUCUUCCCUCCCCGGGAACAUGGUGAAGAGCGCCGUCAGGAAGAGGAGCUGACGCCCGAUUUGCACUGCGCACGCAGCACAGCGACACCGCUACAGUUCGCCAAGAGAUAAAUGCUAUACAUUGUGACUGAUGUGCAUGGCUUUCAAAAGAAGACGCCUCUAUGUAGAAUGAUCAUGUACUGACGAUGAUCACAAAUUUAACGGAUAUGAAUUAUGAUAAAGGUGUUUCUAAUCCCAAAUGAUAACCUGA